AAGAUUUUAAAAAUUGUAUAGUAAGCAAUAGAGGAGGUGCAACAACUUGUCCAACCAAUCAGAAAGAGAGCAAUAUAGUGGAAAGGAAAGUAAACUUAUACAUCUCUACCAAGGCCAAUGAAAACAAAACAAGUGGCAACUCGGUUCCACCUAGGCGUCCAGUAGACAAGGAAAACAGAAACAAAGAAAGCAUAAAAUCUGACUUCAGAAAUAAUAAGGAGAGAAACAGGAAGGAUGAGAGAGAAGGUGAGGGCGAGUUUCUAGAUGAAGAA